AAAUAAAGUUCUUUGUUUGCUGUCAGUUAUCAACCAAUGAAAAUUCUUGUUACAAAUGCUUUCUGAAACAGAAAGUAGAUUUUUUCCCAACUUCUUCCGGUCAUAACUUUGACAAAAUACGACGAGAACAGACACCUUUACAGAGCUUUUUUUCAAUCAUGGAUUCCGAUUCUUCGGACAAUGAGAGUAAUUUCAGUGGAUUUGAAUCAGAUGAUUUACCAUUAGCAGAUUUAAUUGACUCGGAUGAUGAAUUUGAUGAUAGUGACAAGGAAAAUGAGUCUGUUGUAGAAGACGAAAAUUGGACUGUAAAUGAUCGUUCUGAUCGUUCGAAAAAGGCAUUCUGUGGACCUGAGCCUGGCCCAAGAUUCGAUCUUGACCCUGACCAGACUGAAUGGAACUUUGUUGAAAUGUUCUUUCCAAUGAUGUUAGUUGAACUUCUUGUUGAACAAACCAACUUGUUUGCAAGACAAAAAAUGGAAAUAAAACAUGACAAGUCAUGGCGACCUGUCAGUGUGAAAGAGAUGAUGGCAUGGCUUGGCAUCAGGAUCUAUAUGAGCAUUGUGCAACUACCUCAGAUGGCUAUGUACUGGUCAACGGACAUCUUGUAUGGGAACUUUAGCGUCCGGCGAAUCAUGACAAGGGAUCGGUUCAUGAAAGUCUUGCAGUACCUCCACUGCAAUGACAAGACCAAAAUGAAGCCCAAGGGACAUCCUGAGCACGACAAACUGUUCUUGAUUCGGCCAUUUCUUGAUGUGGUGAAAAAAAUGUGUUUGACCCUGUACAAUCCUCACAGAAAUGUUUCGAUUGACGAGGCGAUGGUCAAGUUUCGCGGUCGUCUUGGAUUUCGACAGUUCAUGCCACUCAAACCAGCCAGGUACGGUGUGAAAGUGUGGGUACGUGCGGACCCAGUGAAUGGAUAUGUCAAUGAUUUCCAAGUUUACACUGGGAAGGAUGCUAACACGGCUGAAGUUGGGCUAGCAACAAGAGUUGUGUUGGACUUGAGCCAUGAACUUCGGGGGAAAUGGUACAUUGUGAAUGUGGACAAUUUUUUUACGAGUCCCAAGUUGUUUGAUGAACUUUUGAAACAAGAAACAUAUGCGCGUGGAACUGUUCGAUCUAAUAGAAAGGGCUAUCCUGUGAAACAGCUUGGAAAAAAAACUGUCAAAACGCAGGGGGACUUUGUUUUUGCUACAAAAGGUGAACAACUUGCCAGUGUAUGGAUGGACAAAAAGGCAAUUUACACGUUGUCUACAGCAGAAAACCCCAAAGACAUUGACGCAACAGUUCUGCGUAAAACACGAAGUGGUGAAGUUCAUGAAGUACAGGCCCCACGUACCAUCCCCGAGUAUAAUCAGAAUAUGAACGGGGUCGAUCAUGCGGACCAGAUGAGGACUGAGUAUCCCACAUUUCGCACAUCAAGAAAGUGGUGGACGUACAUGUUCUUUUUUCUGCUGGAUACAGCUAUCACCAACGGGUACGUCGUGAUGAGGGAAUCCCCUUUUCACCAGCAGAAGAGUAGAAACGGAAAACACAAAGACCGCACAGUUCUGGACUUCAGAAUGAACUUGUCAAGGCAAUUGAUAGGAGACUAUUGCGACAAUGGGAGUGCUGUUGCAAAAUUGGCCACGGUAAAAGCAGGACAUUUCCCUGGACAGGCCGAAAAAAGAGGACGCUGCCGUCAGUGUGCAAAAGAAAAGAGACGGCGUGAGUGUCACGUCAUUUGCCUUGAAUGUCAAGUGCAUAUCUGUGUUCCUUGCUUCAAGGACUGGCAUGUGGAUUUGGCCAACUCGAUGUAAAAAAAUAUGAUAGGACUAGAUGUUGUUCUUUGUGAACAAAAGAUGGAUUAUCAUUUCAAGUGAUCAGUAUUGAAUUUUGGAAAAUUAUUUAUUUUAGAAUAGUUAUUUUUAUAAAAUUUAAUUUAUAAAGAUCUCAUAAACUUGAACAAACUUAUCUGUGACAUUAAUUAAUGUUCUUGAUAAUCUAUUUUUGUAUAGAUGCAUUUUCUUGUAUGUACUGUUAUUUUCUG